UGUUUCACCCGCUGCUUCCUCGAGAUCUAUGUUCACAGCGUGGAGAUGAGAUGCUUGUUUUGUGUACACAAUAAUAAGAGGCUUGCGCGUGGGUUAGGUUUCCAACGCGACCUGUAGCAGUCACAUAACUCUGGUCCGGGGCGUUACGUCGGGUUUGUUGAUGCAGUGCUAUCAACCCACACGUAACGUCACGGACCAGAGCUACCCGUAGUGCUGAUUAUAAAUCACCUUUUUGUCGUAAUGACCCAGAUAUGGCUCGAACUACAGCCCCUGUGCCCAACGGAAACCUCAACAUACAACUGAACGGGAAUAACUUCAAAAACGCGAAUUGUAAGAAAAAUGGAUACCACAAUAAGAAAAACAGCACAGCACACAGCGCUGGGCCCCCCUCCAAUCGCCAGAGGUUUCAGAGACCAGAAUCCUUUGAGAAUCCUCCCAUGUACGUAGCUGUGAUGACAUACCUGGGGUUCGGCAUCGUCACAGUGUUUGGAUACUUCAGGGACUUCCUCAGAGCAGUAGGACUGGAGAAAUGUCACAUCGCCAGGGAGAGAGAGGAGCAGAAGGAUUUCGUCCCUCUGUACCAAGACUUUGAGAACUUCUACACCCGUAACCUGUACAUGAGAGUAAGAGACAACUGGAACAGACCUAUAUGCAGUCUGCCUGGCCCUGUGUUUGACGUGAUGGAGAGGGUGUCCCCAGACUACAACUGGACAUUCAGUUUAACAGGGAAGACCAUAGACGAUGUCAUCAACAUGGGUUCCUAUAACUACCUGGGUUUCGCUGAGAACGACGGUGAUUUCCUGAAAACUGUGGCAGACAGAACCCAGCAGUAUGGUCUCGGGGUCUGCAGCACUCGACAGGAAAUGGGUAACCUGGCUAUCCAUGAGGAGUUGGAGCAGCUUGUAGCCACCUUCCUGGGGGUAGAGUCCUCCACGAUCUUCGGCAUGGGCUUUGCUACCAACUCUAUGAACAUACCGGCACUGGUCGGAAAGGGCUGUCUGAUUCUGAGUGAUGAGCUGAACCACACCUCGCUGAUCUUGGGGGCCAGGUUGUCAGGGGCAACUAUUUGGGUGUUUAAGCAUAACAACAUGCAGAGCCUGGAGCGUCUGUUGAGGGAGGCGGUGUGUAGUGGGCAGCCUCGGACCCACCGGCCCUGGAGGAAGGUUCUGAUCAUGGUGGAAGGAAUCUACAGUAUGGAGGGGUCUGUGGUGCGUCUGCCAGACAUCGUAGCCCUGAAGAAGAAGUACAAGGCCUACCUGUACCUGGACGAGGCUCACAGUAUCGGGGCGGUGGGGCCGACAGGGAGGGGUGUGACAGAACUGUUUGGUCUGGACCCCUCGGACAUCGACGUCAUGAUGGGAACGUUCACCAAGAGUUUCGGGGCUGCAGGAGGAUACAUCGCUGGGAAAAGGGAGCUGGUCGACUACCUGCGUAGCCACUCCCACAGUGCGGUGUACGCCUCGGCCAUGUCUCCUCCCGUAACAGAACAGAUCCUGAGAGCCAUGAAAUGCAUCAUGGGGCUGGAUGGAACCACUGUGGGUCAGGCCAGGGUGCACCAGCUGGCAGAGAACACACGCUACUUCAGGUCUCGUCUUCAAGAGAUGGGCUUCAUCAUCUAUGGUAACGAUGAUUCUCCUGUGGUCCCAAUUCUGCUCUACAUGCCAGGAAAAGUUGUGGCUUUCUCUCGCGCCAUGCUGAAGAGGAAGAUAGGAGUGGUGGUGGUGGGGUUCCCUGCUACGCCCAUCACAGAGGCACGGGCACGCUUCUGUCUGUCUGCGGCACACACCAAGGCCAUGCUCGACCAGGUGUUGUUUGAUCUGAACGAGUUAGGAGAUGAUUUGUGUCUGAAGUUCUCCCGGAGGAAAUAUUCUCCUCGUCCACAACAACACAACAACAACGACGACACAGACUUUGAGCUGGACAGUUAGCCAAUAGACUGAUAGGAUAACCCCUGAUCUCUGACUUCCCACCUCUGACCACUGCACUGAGAGACUGUAACAGUGGUUCCAUGCUGACAGGGAAUGGCCAUACGUCUCAAUAAUUUGUCCUUUAUCUCGAAGUGUGCACUUGUGCUCUCCUCUCCACACAUGUUAUAAACAGUGUCUAGUACCAUUUGUCUUGUACCAGAUCAUAAUGGGAAGUGAACCGGUCGUACAUGGGUAGAUUUUGGGAACAGCAGGUGCCUUCCAUGCCAGUCCAAUACACCGAGAGAGUGGGGUCUCAUCCCUGCCAGUCCAAUACACCGAGAGAGUGGGGUUUGAUCCCUGCCAGUCCAAUACACCGAGAGAGUGGGGUCUCAUCCCUGCCAGUCCAAUACACUGAGAGAAUGGGGUCUCAUCCCUGCCAGUCCAAUACACCGAGAGAGUGGGGUCUCAUCCCUGCCAGUCCAAUACACAGAGAGAGUGGGGUCUCAUCCCUGCCAGUCCAAUACACAGAGAGAGUGGGGUCUCAUCCCUGCCAGUCCAAUACGCCGAGAGAGUGGGGUCUCAUCCCUGCCAGUCCAAUACACAGAGAGAGUGGGGUCUCAUCCCUGCCAGUCCAAUGCACAGAGAGAGUGGGGUCUCGACUCUACCAGUCCAAUACACAGAGAGAGUGGGGUCUCGACUCUACCAGUCCAAUACACCGAGAGAGUGGGGUCUCGACUCUACCAGUCCAAUACACCGAGAGAGUGGGGUCUCAUCCCUACCAGUCCAAUACACUGAGAGAGUGGGGUCUCAUCCCUGCCAGUCCAAUACUCAGAGAGAGUGGGGUCUCUACCAGUCCAAUCCACAGAGAGAGUGGGGUCUCUACCAGUCCAAUCCACAGAGAGAGUGGGGUCUCGACUCUACCAGUCCAAUACACCGAGAGAGUGGGGUCUCGACUCUACCAGUCCAAUACACAGAGAGAGUGGGGUCUCAUCCCUACCAGUCCAAUACACAGAGAGAGUGGGGUCUCAUCCCUACCAGUCCAAUACACCGAGAGAGUGGGGUCUCAUCCGUGCCAGUCCAAUACACCGAGAGAGUGGGGUCUCAUCCCUACCAGUCCAAUACACCGAGAGAGUGGGGUCUCAUCCCUGCCAGUCCAAUACUCAGAGAGAGUGGGGUCUCUACCAGUCCAAUCCACAGAGAGAGUGGGGUCUCUACCAGUCCAAUCCACAGAGAGAGUGGGGUCUCAUCUCUACCAGUCCAAUCCACAGAGAGAGUGGGGUCUCAUCUCUACCAGUCCAAUACACAGAGAGAGUGGGGUUUCAUCCCUGCCAGUCCAAUCCACAGAGAGAGUGGGGUCUCAUCCCUGCCAGUCCAAUCCACAGAGAGAGUGGGGUCUCUACCAGUCCAAUCCACAGAGAGAGUGGGGUCUCUACCAGUCCAAUCCACAGAGAGAGUGGGGUCUCAUCCCUGCCAGUCCAAUCCACAGAGAGAGUGGGGUCUCUACCAGUCCAAUACACAGAGAGAGUGGGGUCUCUACCAGUCCAAUCCACAGAGAGAGUCAGGUCUCUACCAGUCCAAUCCACAGAGAGAGUGGGAUCUCUACCAGUCCAAUACACCGAGAGAGUGGGGUCUCAUCCCUGCCAGUCCAAUCCACAGAGAGUGGGGUCUCAUCCCUACCAGUCCAAUCCACAGAGAGAGUGGGGUCUCAUCCCUGCCAGUCCAAUACACAGAGAGAGUGGGGUCUCAUCCCUGCCAGUCCAAUACACAGAGAGAGUGGGGUCUCAUCCCUGCCAGUCCAAUACACCGAGAGAGUGGGGUCUCAUCUCAUCAUAUACAACCAAAAGGAAUGUCCAGUGCCCGAGGUGCUGCUGCUCUGUUCUGUAUAUAAUAGUGUUUUUAUAUUAGAAUGUAAAUGAAGAGAUCAUAUAAUUCGGAUCAUUCGAUCAACCAAUCACAAGGCAACCAAUUUGUAAAUAAGAAUGUGUUCUUAUUUGACUGGCCUGAUUAAUAAAUAAAUGUCAAAUGAAUGAAUUGAUCUGAAAUGUAUGAAAGCCAGAGUUCGAGGAAAGAUGUCCGUCUCUCGAUGUGUUUUUAUUAAAUGUUGCUUUGUGUCCGUA